CGCCCCCGACCGCGGGCCGCCCCUGCACCGCCCUCCCCGGCGGGGGCUCGUCUGCCGCCUGCGGGGCGGGCGGCGCGGCGGUGACAGCGCGGCGGCGGCGAGGCCGAGGGAGCGGGAGCGCCGCCGCCGAGGACCAUGAGGAAAUUUAACAUCAGGAAGGUGCUGGACGGCCUGACGGCGGUCUCUGCCGUCGCCUCGGCGUCGUCCGCCGCGCAGCAGCAGCAGGCGGGGAACCGGGAGACCGAAAUCCAGGAGACACUCCAGUCCGAGCACUUCCAGCUCUGCAAGACUGUACGCCACGGUUUCCCCUAUCAACCUUCAGCCUUGGCGUUUGAUCCGGUUCAGAAAAUACUGGCCAUUGGGACUCAGACUGGAGCACUAAGGCUCUUUGGUCGGCCAGGAGUUGAAUGCUACUGUCAACAUGACAGUGGAGCUGCAGUAAUCCAACUUCAGUUCCUGAUUAAUGAGGGAGCUCUUGUGAGUGCCUUGGCUGAUGACACCUUACACCUGUGGAACUUGCGCCAGAAGAGGCCGGCUAUACUUCAUUCCCUCAAAUUUAACCGGGAACGGAUAACAUUUUGUCACCUGCCUUUCCAAAGCAAAUGGCUGUAUGUGGGCACUGAAAGAGGAAAUAUUCACAUUGUCAAUGUGGAAUCAUUUACUCUCUCAGGCUAUGUCAUCAUGUGGAACAAAGCCAUUGAACUGUCAUCCAAAUCUCACCCAGGACCUGUUGUCCACAUUAGUGACAAUCCAAUGGAUGAAGGAAAGCUUCUGAUUGGCUUUGAAUCUGGCACGGUGGUAUUAUGGGACCUGAAGUCAAAGAAGGCAGAUUACAGAUAUACACAUGAUGAGGCUAUCCACUCUGUGGCUUGGCAUCAUGAAGGAAAACAAUUCAUUUGUAGUCACUCAGAUGGUACCUUGACCAUAUGGAAUGUAAAAUCUCCUACCAAACCAUUCCAGACAAUCACUCCACAUGGAAAGCAGCUGAAGGAUGGAAAGAAGCCAGAGCCCUGCAAACCUAUCCUUAAGGUGGAAUACAAAACAACUAGAGCUGGGGAGCCUUUCAUCAUUCUCUCAGGAGGCUUGUCAUAUGACACUGUAGGAAGAAGACCCUGUUUAACAGUCAUGCAUGGGAAAAGUACUGCUGUGCUAGAAAUGGAUUAUUCUAUUGUUGAUUUUCUAACACUGUGUGAAACACCAUAUCCUAAUGACUUUCAGGAACCAUAUGCUGUAGUUGUUCUCCUAGAAAAAGACUUAGUACUGAUUGAUCUUGCACAAAAUGGGUAUCCUAUAUUUGAGAAUCCCUAUCCUUUGACUAUACAUGAGUCUCCAGUUACCUGUUGUGAAUAUUUUGCUGAUUGUCCUGUGGAUCUCAUACCUGCACUCUAUUCAGUUGGUGCUCGACAGAAACGUCAAGGUUACAGUAAGAAGGAAUGGCCUAUCAGUGGAGGCAACUGGGGUGUGAUCACACAGAGCUAUUCAGAGAUCAUUAUUACAGGGCAUGCUGAUGGAUCAAUCAAGUUUUGGGAUGCAUCAGCAAUAACGCUGCAAGUACUCUAUAAGCUAAAGACAGCCAAAGUAUUUGAAAAAUCACGGAAUAAAGAUGACAGGCCGAACACAGAUAUAGUAGAUGAAGAUCCAUAUGCUAUUCAGAUCAUCUCAUGGUGUCCAGAAAGUAGAAUGCUGUGCAUAGCUGGAGUUUCUGCACAUGUCAUUAUUUACAGGUUCAGCAAGCAGGAAGUGACAACAGAAGUCAUUCCGAUGCUGGAAGUACGUCUCCUAUAUGAAAUAAAUGACGUUGAAACUCCAGACGGUGAGCAGGUCCCACCUGUACCAACUCCAGGCACAGGUUCCAAUCCCCAAUCCAUUGUUCCCCAGUCUCAUCCAUCUACUAGUAGCAGUUCAUCUGAUGGACUUCGUGAUAAUGUCCCAUGUUUAAAAGUGAAAAACUCUCCUCUCAAGCAGUCUCCAGGCUACCAAAUCGAGCUUGUCAUCCAGCUGGUGUGGGUGAGUGGAGAACCUCCCCAACAGAUAACCAGCUUAGCCAUCAACUCAGCAUAUGGCCUAGUAGUUUUUGGAAACUGUAAUGGUAUUGCCAUGGUUGAUUACCUCCAGAAGACAGUGCUCUUGAAUCUAGGAACUAUUGAACUGUAUGGCUCCAAUGAUCCCUACCGCAGGGAGCCACGAUCUCCCCGCAAAACUCGGCAACCAUCCGGAGGUAUGCUGACUGUGGCUUCUUGCAUGUGCGGCCUUUCUAACUUAUAUUCAGAGUCUGUGAAAAAGCUUCGCACCUCUUAUAUAACAGGUCUUUGUGAUAUAAAUGAAGGUAUGGUGGUGCCAGAAGAUCGCUGCAAGUCACCCACGUCAGGUUCUGGUUCACCAAACAAUUCUGAUGAUGAACAAAAAAUGAAUAAUUUUAUAGAAAAGGUGAAGACCAAAAGCAGAAAGUUUUCCAAGAUGGUAACCAAUGACAUAGCAAAGAUGUCCAGGAAGCUAAGUUUGCCAACUGAGUUAAAGCCUGAUUUAGAUGUCAAAGACAACUCUUUCAGUCGAUCCCGGAGUUCUAGUGUAACUAGCAUUGAUAAAGAGUCACGGGAGGCAAUUUCAGCUCUUCAUUUUUGUGAGACUUUCACAAGAAAGGCUGAUACAUCACCUUCCCCAUGCCUGUGGGUUGGGACCACGCUGGGUACAGUGCUUGUCAUUGUACUGAACUUACCCCCAGGAGGAGAGCAAAGACUUCUUCAGCCAGUAAUUGUUUCUCCUAGUGGAACCAUCCUGAGGCUAAAAGGGGCAAUCCUGAGAAUGGCUUUUUUGGACACCACAGGAUCUUUGGUCCCACCAGCACAUGAGACCUGGAGAGAACACCAUGAAGAUAAAGAUGAAAAAGAAAAAGCAAAAAAGCGACGACCUGUCUCUGUAUCCCCUUCUUCCUCUCAGGAAAUCAGUGAAAACCAAUAUGCAGUGAUAUGUUCAGAAAAGCAAGCAAAAGUUAUCUCACUGCCAUCCCAGAACUGUAUUUAUAAGCAAAAUAUAACAGAGACUUCUUUUGUUCUUCGUGGAGACAUAGUGUCGUUGAGUAACAGUAUCUGCCUUGCAUGUUUUUGUGCCAAUGGACAUAUUAUGACUUUUAGUUUGCCAAGUUUAAGGCCAUUGUUGGAUGUGUAUUACCUGCCACUCACCAACAUGCGGAUAGCCAGAACGUUCUGCUUCACUGAUAAUGGACAAGCACUCUAUCUUGUCUCACCAACUGAAAUACAGAGGCUCACCUACAGCCAAGAAACAUGUGAAAAUCUUCAGGAAAUGUUGGGUGAGCUCUUCACUCUCGUAGAAACACCAGAAGCACCAAACAGGGGGUUCUUCAAAGGCCUGUUCGGUGGUGGGGCACAGUCACUUGACAGAGAAGAACUCUUUGGAGAAUCAGCAUCUGGGAAGGCAUCAAGGAGUCUUGCCCAGCAUAUUCCAGGACCUGGGGGUAUCGAAGGUGUCAAAGGAGCAGCAUCUGGUGUAGUUGGUGAACUGGCACGAGCACGGUUGGCACUGGAUGAAAGAGGACAGAAACUGGGAGAACUGGAAGAAAAAACUGCAGCUAUGCUUUACAGUGCUGAUUCUUUCUCAAAACAUGCUCAUGAGAUGAUGUUGAAGUACAAAGACAAGAAGUGGUACCAGUUCUGAUGACUCUCAUCAAUCACAUCUGUUUAAUUUUGUCCUGGUGAAAAAAUCUUGUUUUUUCAUUAAUUUUGGCAGGACCACUGAAAUUUAAAGGAGUAUUCACCAUCGGAUACUGUUGUUUCCUAGCACAAAUGACACACUGUUUUACCUCAGUCCUGGCUUUAACUGAGGAGCUUUAUAUCUAAGAAACACACACACACAAAAAAAAAAGAAACUUGAGUGUUUCUUAGCUGUUGGUUAGCAUAAAGUUGGAACAGAGAAGGUAGCUGGAACAUGUGGAAAAGAGAGUAAAGGGAAAUCGUGGUGAGAUGGGCAGGGGCAAUGCAGGGUCAAUCCUGUGUUAAUAUUUCAUAUGCCAAAAGUUUUUGUGCUCUUGUAAUUGCUGCCAGUGUUAUACCCUCCUGUAAGGAGAGGCAAUAAAUCAGGGGUCUAAGAGCUGGAAUCGAGCUGUUUGUCUUGCUGGACAGUAGCUGACUUACAAUUACCCUCUCUAGGACUCGCUAUAUUGACCAUUAUUGUUGAAGAAGAGUUGAAGUUUCCUGUCACUUCUUACAUUUAAAAAGCUGGAAGCUUGGAAGAUUUCUUAUUGAAAAUUGUAUACAUAGUUGACCUGUGCGUAGUCUUUUCUUGGACCCCUGAUCUAGUACUCUUGUAUUCACAUCAUAUUCUGUGACGUGCAAAACAAAAGAAUACGUAUUUUUUUGCAUUAAAAAGUCAAGUGAAUAAUAUGACUGGAAUGUGUCAUGCUGGGAGUUUUCGUUUGUGUUAUGGCCGUGCAAUGUGAAAUGUGGUAACAUCUUCCUUGUGGUAAGAAUUCUUCAACUUCUGUUCAGUUAAAUAUUAUUUUUGCCAAAAAAUAGUUAUUGGUUCAGGUUGUGUAACAUUUAGAAUUGGCUGUGGGUUCCAUUCAUGAUGUGAGUUUUUAUAAAUGUUCGACAGAAUGUAUCUUUACAGCCAUUAAUUGAAAUAGCUGAGAUAGUUUUGCCAAGACUUAAGUUCUAGAUGCCCCUUUAGUCCUUUACUAUGAAAUUAGAUAACCUUGGACUCAGGUUUUCAGACUUUUACACACCACCACCAUGAAUAACGGCAAGCAAGCAUCUAAUACUUGAUAAUUGUCAGUAUGUUGUUUAGCCAAUCUCUAAGUUCUGCCAGUAGUGCUAUUUUACAUAUACCUGUCUCAACCCCAUGCAGCACCAAAGACACUUGUCCUAAAGUUUGGAUUUAAUCUCUAAAGCAGUGUUUGCAUUGUAAGCAGUGAUAAAGUGUGCAUAAAAACUUUAGGAAUUGCUGAAAUAAUGUUCCAUUUGGGUGAGGUAAAUAAUACAGCUGAGCUAACUGGUUAGUGGCUACUGCACUAAAGCUGUAUCAGUGUGAAUAACCAGGGCUCUUUUUAAAAGAGAGGAUUCCUUAAAAUAAAUGCUUGCAUUUCAAAAUUCAUUUAGACCUUUUUCCUCAAAUCAGGAAUAGUUGUUCACUGGUUUUGUUUUAUAAAAGGGAGUACUUAGAAGCUGAUAGGUCUGAAAUUAAUCACUUAGGUUUGCUUCUCCAAGCAUAGCAUUUUGUGUACUUUUUUCACAAACUUCCUGAAUGUUCCCAAAGCAAAACUUUGGUUAUAUUUGUAUUGUGAAGUGAUGUUGCAGGUACACAGAUAAGGCAACCUUACAAAACACCUCAAGGAUGCAAAAUAUUGAAGUCAUUUAUGGUUCCUUAAAUCACUUUUCAAAUGAGAGGAAAAUAUGUUCAGGCUUUGAAGCACAAACUGAUAAUUUUUCUCACUUUAGGUAAAGGAACAUUUUUAAAAGACAAUUGAAUUGUGUUGCCAGUAAAAGGGCAUGCCCUACUAUGCCCUC